GAGGGAAAAGAGAGAGCAGAAGAGGGUGAAUGAAAGCAAGAGACGCAGAGAGAGAAGAGCUGAAAGAAAAUACAGCAGGAGAGGGUUUUCAUAUAACAUAGUAAAACUUCACAGUAGAAAUGGCAAACACAGCAGGAGGAAUACUCUUGGCUUUACUCUUGUUCCUGAGUGCCAGUGUGCCAUGUUUCUCUGUGUAUAACAGUGGGGAGUGCUUCUUCAACACCAAAGGGAGCUGUGAACACAUGGGACAGGUGUAUGGGAUAGGAGAGAGCUGGAUCACCAGUGACUGUUACCAGUGUGUCUGCAUGGAGCCUUUCGGAGUAGGAUGCUGUGACCAUGGAUCGAAACCUGUGGACUAUCCAGACUGGUGUGAGAUCAUCCGUAAACCUGACUCUUGCACUAGUGUUGCAGUGAUGAGAGCCAAUCAUAAACUACCAUGUCUCUGGGGACGAGGUCGUCUCAGACCAGCUGCAGGCCAACCAUGGAAAUCUGAUAAUGAUCCUAUAUUUUGA